AUGCGUGAGAAGGUUGUGCCCAUUCCAUUUCUGGGCAAAGAAGUCUCCGCGUGGCUCUACCGUACAACGCGCCGUGUGCGGGAGCACCCAUACCGGGCCAGUGGUAUUGUUCUUGGCGUUGCUGUGGGCAGCAUCUUGUACGAAGCGAAUGUGACACACAAGGAUCGCAUUCCCUCGCCUAAUGUGAACAAUCACCUCGAGUACGAACUUCUUCACGGAGCGAGGGUGGCGCAAUCGACAAGAGACGACGUAUUAGAGGAGCCUCAGCAUCGGGCAGGACUUCAUGUCAUGAACAGUCAGACACUUGAUGAAAAACGGCACAACCACAACACCGCGGUAAUGGGACGCGUGAAGGAGCUGGAACGACUCAUUGCGAACACCAGUGAUUCUGAGAAGCGUGAGGAGCUGCAGCACAUUCUCGACAAAGAAAGGGAAUACGAGAAGAAGCAUGGCAAUACAACGAUUAAGGUGACAAAUGGGCAGCUUUAUGUUCGUGAGCCGCACUGGAAUAUUCGAAACAAUGAGCGUAAUUGGACAAUUCUGGCGCGGGACCAGCAGCAGCAAAAAGAUCACUACUGGUACCGCCUGGAGCGAAGUCGUGAGGAUGACUUUGCGAGAAACACAUACUCGCAUUCUUGA